CCCGGUCGGGCUGCGGCGGUUAGUCCUCUCUCGGCCGCCGUCGCCUCCGACAUAUUGCCCGCAGGAGCUGCGGCGGCGAGCGGAGAGCGCCGGGGGAAGGAGAUGGGAGGACGAAGAGGUCCCAACAGGACAUCUUACUAUCGAAACCCACUCUGUGAACCAGGAUCGUCAGGGGCCUCCGGUGGAGGCCACUCUUCUAGUGCAUCCGUGAGCAGUGUCCGUUCUCGAAGCAGGACCACUUCUGGGACGGGCCUCUCCAGCCCUCCCUUGGCCGCCCAGACCGUCGUGCCUCUGCAGCACUGCAAGAUCCCCGAGCUGCCAGUCCAGGCCAGCAUUCUGUUUGAGCUCCAGCUCUUCUUCUGUCAGCUCAUAGCCCUGUUCGUGCACUACAUCAACAUCUAUAAGACAGUCUGGUGGUAUCCACCCUCACACCCACCCUCCCACACCUCCCUGAACUUCCACCUGAUCGACUUCAACCUGCUGAUGGUGACCACCAUUGUUCUGGGCCGUCGCUUCAUUGGGUCCAUCGUGAAGGAGGCUUCGCAGAGGGGGAAGGUCUCCCUCUUCCGGUCCAUCCUGCUGUUCCUCACCCGCUUCACCGUUCUCACGGCCACAGGCUGGAGUCUGUGCCGGUCCCUCAUCCACCUCUUCAGGACCUACUCCUUCCUGAACCUCCUGUUCCUCUGCUAUCCGUUUGGGAUGUACAUUCCGUUCCUGCAGCUGAACUAUGAUCUUCGCAAGACGAACCUCUUCAGCCACGUGGCUUCCAUGGGACCCCGAGAGGCAGUCAGCGGCCUGGCAAGGAGUCGGGACUACUUCCUGACCCUGCGGGAGACUUGGAAGCAGCACACACGACAGCUCUAUGGCCCAGAGGCCAUGCCCACCCACGCCUGCUGCUUGUCACCCAGCCUCAUUCGCAAUGAAGUGGAGUUCCUCAAAAUGGACUUCAACUGGCGCAUGAAGGAAGUCCUUGUCAGCUCCAUGCUGAGUGCCUAUUAUGUGGCCUUUGUACCUGUUUGGUUUGUGAAGAAUACACAUUAUUAUGACAAGCGCUGGUCCUGUGAGCUCUUCCUGCUGGUGUCCAUCAGUACCUCGGUGAUCCUCAUGCAGCACCUACUUCCUGCCAGCUACUGUGACCUGCUGCACAAGGCCGCUGCUCACCUGGGCUGCUGGCAGAAGGUGGACCCAGCUCUGUGCUCCAAUGUGCUGCAACACCCGUGGACGGAAGAGUGCAUGUGGCCACAGGGUGUGCUGGUGAAGCACAGCAAGAAUGUCUACAAAGCGCUGGGCCACUACAACGUGGCCAUCCCCUCUGACGUCUCCCACUUCCGCUUCCACUUCUUUUUCAGCAACCCUCUGAGGAUCCUCAACAUCCUUUUGCUGCUAGAGGGCGCUGUCAUUGUCUACCAGCUAUACUCCUUAAUGUCCUCCGAGAAGUGGCACCAGACCAUCUCCCUGGCCCUCAUUCUCUUCAGCAACUACUAUGCCUUCUUCAAGCUGCUCCGGGACCGCCUGGUAUUGGGCAAAGCCUACUCUUACUCAGCCAGCCCCCAGAGGGACCUGGACCACCGGUUCUCCUGAGUCCCAGGAUGAUCCUCCAGAGGAGACAACAUCCGGGCAUCACCCAGGGGCUUCCUGGCCAAGGGCUCUUGGGAUUGGGGGGAGGGGUGCAAAAAACAAAACAAAAAACAAACAAAAAAAUUAACCCACCAGAGCUUUGUAUUUUUGUUACGUACUGUUUCUUUCUUUGAUAAUUGAUGUGAUAAGAAAAAUGUCUUAUUUUUAUACUCUGAA